AUGCUCUUCCGUCGCCGCGAAAUUCCUUGGGAGGUUGUGGACAGCAGGAGCGUGGAUCCCGUCCCUAUGUACUACGAGGACGAAGACCUUGAAAUUGCUUCCAUCAAAGAUAGCACUGUACGGAGAAUAUAUGGUUUCGACGUCAAGUGUGAGGGGAAGCAGAGAGGCGACCUCCAUAAAGCUGUCAUAUUCGCCCGCGACCAGCUAUUGCAAGAAAUGAACAAGAACGGCUAUAAUCUCCUCCUACUCGAAAGCUGGAGAGUAACUAUAUUCCGUAAAGGCAAGCGACACCGGGUUGAGGUUGAAUAUAGCGGUCGGCCGGCUCGUGCACUGAACAAAGUGCCAAAGAGACAACCACCGUUCAUGGCAGUUCUCCAGCACCACGCGUAG